CGUUAGUGUGGAGAGAACUGAGCUGUGAAUCGGUUGUAGAUAAAGUGCGCUGUAGAAGAGAUAUUUUGUGCUGUUUAUAAUCUUUCAGAAUAACAAGAGAUGGAGUUAAAGAAACAUUGCAGCUGUUCUCAUCAUGACGGCAGGUGCAUAUGCACCGAAGUAUUGGUCUCUCUGAAUGAGUUGAGAGAGGAGAACGUUCUAUGUGACGCGGUGUUGAGGUUGGAAGAUGGCGGCGUUUUUCCUGUCCACAGAGUGAUUCUGUCGACGUGUAGCGCAUAUUUCAGGAACCUCUUCACCACGACACUGCACGCCCACGAGCAGACUGACGUUCUCCUGCACGGAGUCAGCUCGGAUAUCAUGGCUCAGAUAUUGGACUACGUUUACACAAGGAAGGUGGACAUUAAUUGUGGAAACGUGCGUCAGCUGCUCGUAGCGUCCGACUACUUGUGUGUGCUAGGCGUUCUUCAGCUCUGCUGUCAAUUCCUCCAGAACACGAUGAAUCUUGGUAAUUGCAUCGGCAUCAUGCGUCUCGCAAGGUGUCACUCUUGCGCCGGCCUUGAAUCUCACGCUCGCCGCUUCGUUUCGCGCCACUUCGCUCAUUUGUCUCAGCAGAGCGAGGAACUGCUGGAAAUGUCAGUAGAGGAGCUGCAGGCGAUUAUCGGGGCGGAUAAUCUGAACGUCAAGGACGAGAAACUUGUGUGGGACUGCAUACUCCGGUGGAUCGACCACGACACAGAAAACAGAAAAGGACACAUCGCAGAGCUCAUGAAGAACGUCAGGCUGGGACUACUCGACAAAGCUUUCUUUCUCGAAAAAAUAAGACAUCAUCCAUAUGUGAGGGAAAAUGAGUCAUGCAGACCCGUUAUCUACGAGAUGCUGCACGACUCAGAUACGAUCUUGGCCAACGACGGGGAAUUUCUGACUCCAAGGUUUGCCAUCCCGCGAAUCCCUCAUGACAUUCUCUUUGUUAUUGGAGGGUGGGAUUCCACUGGAGAAAAUAUCGUCAAUUGUAUUGAAACAUACAGCACGCGGGCAGACCGAUGGCUUAAGAUGCAGGAAAACGACCCGACCGGACCGCGAGUCGCCCAUGGCACGGCGGUAGUCGGAUUUAACAUUUACGUCAUCGGUGGUUAUGACGGCGUGCAAUUCUUGAGCUCAGUCCGCCGUUUCAACGCAGUUACGAAGACGUGGCACGAGGUGGCGCCGAUGAAUGACCGGAGAAGCCUGGUCAGUGUGGCAGUGCUCGGGGGUCAGGUGUACGUUGCUGGUGGCUACACUGACAAGGGUCGACUUAAAACGGCCGAGCGAUACGACUACAGGACGAACCAGUGGUCGAUGAUCGCUUCUAUGAACACGAAUCGAUCCGACGCAAGUGCGACCGCACUCAAAGAUAAAAUCUACGUCGUUGGUGGAAACAGCGGCCAACAAUAUUUGGCCUCAGCAGAGGUGUACGACCCACAGACGAACCUGUGGACUAACAUUUCCCCGAUGUCUGCAACUCGCAGCGGCCUGUCUUGCGUCGCCUACCACGGCAGAGUGUACGCCGUAGGAGGAUUUUGUAGUAUGUUAUGCCCUACGAGCAGUGGCGAGAAAUACGACCCAGAAACAGACACGUGGACCCAGAUCUCCGAAAUGUCUAAUCGACGUGGCAAUUUUGCGGCUGAAGUGAUUGACGACACCAUCUUUGCCGUUGGUGGUUCCAUUGACAAAAACAUUUGCCACGUGGAGUGUUUCGACGACAGGAGAAAUGAAUGCAUAUGUGAACGGUGGUCUCGUAAGUGCAGAGUAACAAUUCUCGUCGUUCACAACAGCUGGAGGACACGCCCGAUCACGCGAGGGUGAAGUCUCUGUCGCCCCAAUGCACGAAGAUGCCAGGCCAACUUCUGGGUGAUAGACAUCGCACCCUACAGAUGUCACCACCUCACUGAACUCGUGGCCAAAAAUGACUGGCAUUUUGCAACAGCUAAAUGUACCCUGGAAUGGGGAGAGACAUAGUUGGCUUCUUACAUGACAGCGGCACAGCAAGGCACCAGAAUCUGAAGAACAACUUUGAUUUCUACUUUGUCUGUAAUGAGAAUUCUUUACACAAGAAUAAAUCAUAAUGUAAGAAUUCAAGAUGGAUAGAAUGCAUACAGAUGGUAAAUGUUGGCAUGUGUCACAAGGUCAUUGCUGUCACAAUAAGAGAGACCAGCAGUUCAAAUUAAGAAUUAAAUAAAUUACCUCUUGUCGUAAGUGGAUUUUUCAAAUUUUGUACAUGCAUUCAUUUGUUUCAUAUGUGCAGAUUGUACAGAGCGAUCGAAGAGUCAUGUGGCCAUAUUAAAAUAUUUAUUGAUGGUUGAAAUUCAGUACAAAAUCACUGAAGUAAUCAACGUGUAUUAUGACUCUGAAUAUACAAGAGCCCUCGCAGGUCGUAUGUUGUAAUAUGCUGGCACCAGUCCAUCCAUCCUCUUUCUUCAGUUGACAUGCAAGAAUGUGUUUUUCACAAUAUAAUGUGUAUUUAUUGUCAAACACUGAAUGGCAUCUUGUUUUUACUUAACUUAGUGUUUAGGGAUAAAUUUUCUGAGUCUCCGGUGCCAAAAAUAAUUGACAAUAUCACAUUUGGUGAACUGUUUCCAUGGCACUGGUAGUUUGCAGGAUGGAAAGCAGUCUGCCGACCCUCAGUUUUCAGUGACGAUAUAUGUGCAUCUCUGAAUGUGGUGGACAUUUCCAACACUUAACACAGCAUUGUUUUCAGUAUUAUUUUUUGAUAAGUCAAACAUAUGUCGGAAUGGGUUGCGUGAAUGUUCAGUCACUCUGUAUAAUAUGUGAUGUAAGCCUUCCUUUCACUGAUGCCAAUUUUGUUGUGGUGCAGCAUAUCUAUUACAUGCAGAGUAGCAGAGAUAACAUGAACUAACAUUUGUGUUAAUAUAAUUUUUAGUGUGAUUUACCACUCUGUGUGAAUUGAUACCUGAGCCUGUGGAAAAGUACAAAUAACGAAUGAUUGGAAUCAUUCUGUUUUUAAUAUUGUC